UGGUGCAAUUGUACGUAUUCCAUUGCAAAAACUAUAAUGCCCAAAUUUUGAAGGCGCCCACUUCUCUGAGCAGUUAAACUCACGCUUACGGCUGUGCUUCUAAACCUUGAAAAGUCUAAAAUCCCGAGAGUCAUAAAAGUGUAUGUUAUCAGCUCCAUAUGUGCUAAAGUCCAGCAUUUUUUAGGGUAACAAGAAUCACGCCUUCGAGGUGUUUGCGAAAAUGUUCAAGAGAACCGCGUUUAUCUAUUGUCAAAGGCGUACACUGGUAAAUGUGAAGCUGAAAUGGGUAAAAGACCGUGUCUUGGACAAGGCAGUAGCUGGAGGGAGAGAGCUCAAAGCUGCGUGUGUGCUCAUCUCCCUCAUUGCCUCGGACCCAGAUGGUUGUAUUCCCAUUUACCGCCUGUCGCGUAAUCGGGGACAACUUGGCCUCCCAGAUGGCCUAAAAGUGUCAACUUUUAUGAGAAGAUACCCGAACGUGUUUGAGGAGUUGCAUGUUCCUGAUAGUGGAGGGACUCGAGUGCCUUGGUUCAAGUUAUCAGCUGAAGCCUUAGAUGUUUACCAAGAUGAGGUGGUCACGUUUCAGAAAUGUGAGGUGGAUAUUCUUGAUCGGUUUAAGAAAUUCAUGAUGUUGUGUAGAAAAAGAACGCUUCCGCUGCAGACGAUUGAUCAGCUGAAAUGGGAUCUGGGCUUGCCGUUUGAUUAUGAGAAAUCAUGGAUUAGGAAGCAUUCAGAAGUUUUCAAAAUGGUUCAGCUAGAUGAUGGGCGUGAGGCCCUGAAGCUCGAAAAGUGGGAUCAGAGCUUAGCGUCGUCCCACUUGGAAAGGAAUUCAGGUUCUUCUGUGGCAAACAAUAGGGUGUUGGCGUUUCCAAUUGGAUUCACGAGGGGUUUUGGUUUAAACAGGAAAUGUAUGAAAUGGUUGGAAGAGUGGCAGAAGCUGCCAUAUACUUCUCCGUAUGUUGAUGCCUCCCAUUUGGAUCCUCGUACAGAUGUAUCUGAGAAGAGGAUUGUCGGAGUGUUCCAUGAGCUUCUGCACCUAACCCUGCAGAAGAAAACUGAGAGAAGGAAUGUUAGUAAUUUGCGAAAGCCGCUGGGAUUGCCUCAGAAGUUUACCAAGGUGUUUGAGCGGCAUCCAGGGAUAUUCUACAUUUCAAGAAAGGGUGAUACACAGACUGUUGUUCUUAGGGAGUCUUGCGAUCGCGAUAAGCUAAUUGAGAAACAUCCUCUUGUUGAUACAAGGGGUAGAUAUCUUAGCAUGUUGAAGGAAGGAUUUUUGGAGCGGAGCAGGGGAUCAUACAAGAAAGAUAAGAUGGAUGAUGAAUUGAUGAGCUCUUUGGAUUGUCAAAAGAAUUUAGUCAGAUUUCAAUCAGAAGAAGAAUCAGACUGUAGUUUCCUUUCAGAAUAUGAAUCAGAUGAAACUACUUGAUGAGGAUUUAAAACUUGUCAAGGCAGUUAGCAUCAGUGCACGAUUGGACUCUUGUGAUGUAUGAUUUGUACCAAGAGGACUGGUCGUCUCUGUCAAGAUAGCAAUAGGCCGUAAAAUAGAAAAAUCUUGAGUAACAAUAGAAUACACGAGAAGUAAAUACAAAUUGAACCAAAACCUGAAACAUUGG